AGGUAAUAGCCCCUCAUAUCCUCUCUCUCCUAGGUUUUUCUCUGGUCCGUAUAUUUCAUAUAUUUAUGAAAUAUAUGCCUUAAUUAUGCGUAAUUGCGCAUAAAAGAGUGGCAUUUUUUCCUUGAAGAGAGCCACGAGAAGAAAGAGUAUAAAUUCUGCAACACAGUUGACACACAUAUUAUCCGAAGCCUAAUACAUAAUUGGUUUUAAUUCGUUGCAAAUUGUGAUUGCAUCGUUUUUCAGGAGAUCUCACAAGUGUGUCUCUCUCAUUCUACAAAAUGGCGCAAGAAGUCGAAGAAACUAUGAAACGGAUUCAAUCUCACAAGGGAGUAGUUGGAACAAUAGUGGUAAACGCGGAAGGUAUUCCAAUAAAAUCAACAUUAGACAACACUACGACAGUUCAGUACGCAGGUUUGAUAAGUCAAUUAUCAGACAAAGCCCGCUCUGUUGUGCGCGAUCUGGAUCCAACCAAUGAUUUAACUUUCCUGCGCAUCCGUAGCAAAAAGCAUGAAAUUAUGGUUGCACCAGAUAAGGAAUUUAUAUUGAUAGUGGUGCAAAAUCCAGUUGAUUGAUAUCUAAAGCAUGUGAUAAUGCAGAAGUACAUUGCAAAAUUCAAAUUUAUUCCCUU